UCGUGUUACGUUUGAAAAUGUCUCUAUAAUGCGACCAUUAUAAUGAUUUCUGCAUUCGAUCAUUCGUUCGCCCGAUAUGUUUUGCAAUCCUGUUUUCACGUGGCGGUGGAUUUUUAAUCUUCUCGUCAGUUAGCUGCUGAAGCUCGAUCAUCUCCACCGUGGUGAUGUCACGCAAAUGCAUUUAUGAGCCGCUGUGGCGUUCGAUCGAUCUUAUAUGUCCCGCUUUUUCGGAACCCAGCCUAUUUAAAACCCUCGGCUUGCUGUCGCUCAAUCUUCAGUGUGUUUUGUACCGAUGGGAGGUUGCGAAGAUGAAGCAGUGAGAUGAGAUGUGUCGACUCAACAGGCACAUGUGCACCCGUGGUGCUGAAGGAACAGCUCAGUGUGCCCCGUCGCAAUGAAACAGCCCUCAGUCCUCAAAGUUUGCGGCUCGCUUCAUUCGCUCUGACCAUGAAGAGACAAAACAUCAGGACCCUCGUCUUAAUCAUCUGCACUUUCACUUAUUUGCUCGUCGGGGCGGCUGUUUUUGACGCUUUAGAGUCUAAGAUGGAGAUCACCCAAAAGAAGAUCCUGGACGAUCGGAAGCGAGAGCUAAUGGACAAGUACAACUUGAGCAAAGUGAAUUUCGACGAGCUGGAGCGGGUCGUGCUGCAGCUGAAGCCGCACAAGGCUGGGGUCCAGUGGAGGUUCGCCGGCUCCUUUUACUUCGCCAUCACGGUCAUUACCACCAUAGGAUAUGGCCAUGCAGCCCCAAGCACAGAUGGUGGAAAGGUGUUCUGCAUGUUCUACGCUCUCCUGGGGAUCCCCCUCACCCUGGUCAUGUUCCAGAGUCUGGGUGAACGCAUCAACACCUUCGUCAAGUACCUGUUGCACCGUCUCAAAAAGUGUCUUGGCCUUCGGAACACAGAGGUCUCGAUGGCCAACAUGGUGUGCAUUGGCUUGAUAUCCUGCAUGAGCACCUUGUGUGUGGGAGCAGCGGCUUUUUCCCGCUACGAAGACUGGAGCUUCUUCCAUGCGUACUAUUACUGCUUCAUAACCCUCACCACCAUUGGUUUCGGGGACUACGUAGCCCUUCAGAAAGAUAACGCGUUACAAACCAACCCCCAAUACGUGGCGUUUAGCUUCAUGUACAUCCUCACGGGACUCACGGUCAUCGGCGCCUUCCUGAACCUGGUGGUUCUGCGCUUCAUGACCAUGAACGCCGAGGACGAACGGCGCGACGCCGAGCAGCGUACGUUGCUGUCGCGAAACAGGCAGAGCGGAGGCGCCGGAACCAACCACUGCAUGUCCGAACCGCCGUCUUCAUCCGCCGCGGGCCACGCAGGAGGCUCCGGGAAAGGCUUGUGUAACGUCUAUGCCGAAGUGCUGCAUUUCCAGUCCAUGUGCUCUUGCCUCUGGUACAAAAGCCAGGAGAAGAUGCGCUACUCGAUUCCCAUGAUCAUCUCCCACGACCUGUCCACUUCAGAUACCUACAUGGAGCACAGCGAGGCCUCCGACGCCCUCCACUCCAACGGCUGCGUGUGCAGUGCCUUGCAGGAGCACUCAGCCACCAGUUCUGUGUACACGGGCCUGCUCAGCCCGGCACAUUACCAAAGACUCUCCAAACGCCGCAGCUCCAUCUAGAGGGCUGGAGGAUGUAUUGCAUGUGAAUCUCUUUCGCCUUACGGAACCAACCACUGUUAUACUUGGGGUUGAAAAAAAAAACGCUGCUUCUAAGCUGCUCAGAUCCUCUGUCAGUCGAAUAUAUGUAAUGUAGUGAUAGACGGGGCAGGGCGGCCUGUCAGCAGGUGCUGCUUGAGGACCGGAGACGUAGCAGCGUGCAAUAAAAACAGGGUGAAGCCUGUAUCAUUUGAGCUAGACUUUGGGGAUUUCCAUAAAAGACAAAACUCAAACUGCUAGCUCUUUGCUGGGCUCAAGGGUAAAUAGAAACAAAUGCAGGUCUUUCGAAACCAACAAGUCCCAAAGUGUCAGGCUCUUCUGGUUUUGAUUUGAAUAGAUAGUUCUCGUGAUGCAACCGUUUCUACAGUGAAUACUUUAUUAUCUUUCCAGGAGUUAUCAUAGUAAUUAAAAAAAGGAAAAAAAAAAUAUAUGUAUAUCAAACAAUUAUUUUAUAUGAGAAAUUUACUAAUGAUUAGUAUAGACCUAGUCAGGGAAGAGCCGUAUUUAAUUUUUGAUAGGAGUAGAGUGCUGAAGUGAUGACGUAUUUUUUGUAGGCCAACCUGAAGCUUAGCUGGUUCCCUUGAAAUGUUGUUCAUCGUGAUGUUCUUCACAAAUUAUACAACAUUUUUGAGACCUAAAUAUCAUCAGAAGCGUAAAAAAACAUAGGCUUCAAAUGAUGUCACCACCAAUAAGUGUCCCGUUUCUUUGUUUAAAAAAACGCUUUCCUUGAAGGUUUGAAUCUAAAUAGUUAAACGUAACAUAACCACUAAUGGCAGAUGAAGCAGUCAGACGACGUCUUUUAUACAGUCACAAGCCUCCUGGUUUUCAUCCAAAACAUCUUAAAUUGUGUUCCAGAGAAGAACAAAGCUUUACGGCUUUGGAACGGCACGAGGGUAAGUGAUUAAUGACAAAAUUGUAAUUUGCGGAGGAGUAACCCUUCAACCAAAAACCAUAAAAAAAAAAUUGUCUUUAGAACCGUGCAACAGGAAGUCUUAACAUUUCAGGUUUUGGCCUACAAAAAUAUGUCAUCCCUUCAGCGGUCUAUGAAAACAAGGCUGUGAGGGAUAGAGGUACAGUGUGCUUAAUGGAUUGUAAUGCAACAGUGGCGAUUGGCCGCUGAUGAAAUACAGUUUCAAUAAUUGUGAGUUAUGAAAAGGUCCACAUAUCCUGCACAGCCUUGCUUACAUCCCUGUCAAAUUUAUUAUGGCGUCUCGGCUGACUAAGGUUUAUCGACUUUUCUUCAACACUCAAAGCUCACAUACACAAUGAACUGUAUUGUUCAUCUAUCCACGUGUGCCCCUUUUCUGUAUUUAUAUCCACUGUUAUUUUAAUCCAUCACCAUGUUUGUCUGAAUAACUAUUUGUUUGCAUCAUAGCAACUGUAACAUCUCAUUGUUUUAAAUUAUACUGGAUUAUAUAAUUAUGUAGGACUAUAUUGUACUUGCAGUUGCACUUUAGAUGAAAAACAUUAGCUUCAGGGCUUUAGCCACGAGUGCACAGAGUAUCUCUUGAAACAUGAAAUCUUCUUAAAAUACAUUUCUGGUCUUGCAGUGCACAAUUCAUCAUGUUAUUUCAAAAAAAGGAAACGUUUUUGUAAACUUUGGUUAAGAUUUAAAUAAAUUAAAACUUCUUAAAUAAAUUAAAAAACCCAAGCCAAGCUAUAGUUUUUUAAACAAUAAAACCAAAAAAACAUUCAAACACUUUUGUUGGUAACCUCUUUAUAAAAUAUUUUGAAAUAGUUAAUGAGGCGGUUUAAUGAUGAUUAAUAAAUGUUACAGCAAUAGCAGCAAAUAUCUCAAAAAUCUAAAUCCCUUCACCAAAGGUUGCCCUGCAGUGAAUGGGUGCCGUUAGGGAAUGACAGUCCAAACAGCUACAUUACAAUAAUCCACUUGACUCCAGUCCAUCUGACAUCUUGAGAAGUGGAAAGCUGUGUGUUUCUAAAGCAACUCCAUCAAGGCAUAGACAUUAUCUGAUGGACUGGAGUGGCGUGGAUUACUGUGUUUUUAUCAGCUAUUUAAAAACUCAUUCUGACAGCACCCAUUCACCGCAGAGGAUCCAUUGCUGAGCAAGGGAUGUAACGUUUUUUGCGAUAAUCUACAUCCAAGAAGGCCUAAAGGGGAAUACAUUUUCAGCUGAUUUUCAUUGUGGGUGAAGUUUGAACAUGACCAGCCUCUACAUCUCAAGUUCUCCAUUCGGCUUACGGGACUUCACAAUUGAAAUUUUCGAUAAACAAAAUAAUUUCAUUGCGUAUGCUAUUAACAGAUGAACAGCAAUGUUUGUAUUACAUGUUUUUUUGUCAGUACACACAACUUGUAUUCCUUGUAUUGACUGCAUUAGGUCUGAAAGUGUUGGUAUUUGAAGACCGACUAAAUUGGACAUUUUUUAGAAGGCACGUUUAGUAUAGUUACGUUCCUAAAGCCGUAUAUUUAAGGGCACGGUGGGCUCCCGUAAAACCGCACUUUUAAAAUCCAAUACUAAAUAUAACAUCACUAAUUAUUAGUUAAACUUUACUUCAAUGCUUGUACUAUUUUAACAUUGUGUGCAUUAGUUUAGAGCAACUAAUCGAAAUCUCCUUCCAAUGGCCUUUGGCAACCGUUUUCUAAUCUAAACUCAUGUGCUUAGCAAGAUUUGGAAAUCCAAAGUGGAAUAAAACGUUCAUAUAGAUCAUGCGGGCCUGUCAUUUCUCAACGUAACUUACUUAGAAAUGUCAAACGUGCUUGUUGUUGCUACUUUUAGCACAAAUAUAAUCUAAGCAAUACGCCAGGAGAUCAUGUGUAAACGUUUAUCGUAUUAGCGUCCUAGUUUCACAUAGCUACAUAUUACGAUAUCAGUAAUCCAACAUUCGGUGCUCGUCGCGUCACGUUUAUGAAAACAAGUUUGAUAUUGUUUGCUGGGUGCCUUAGAUUGCUAAAACUCUUUGAUCCAAAAUGUACAACUUGCACAUCGCAUGAUAGAACUGCGUAAUAGAAAAUUCUGCCUUGAUCCCGUUCGUUCUUUCUUGCGCUGUAAAUCAAAGAGCGUCCCUGCUAAUGUUACUCUACCUCAGAGGGUUGAGUCAGAGUGGGUUUUUCCCGUCUCCUUCAUCUCCCUUUCGCUUGCAAAAAUGGAAAGAAAAAAAAAAAAAAAGAAGUUGCCCCUUCUCAGCAAAGUUGUCAGUUCAGAUCAUCUUCAUCCAAGCCUCUCUUUCUAUUUGGGAAUGAAGCUGCAUAAUAUGUCCACCUAGGGGCAAAGAAAGUAUUUGACAAGUGGUUUGGCUGAGGGCACACACACACACACACACAUCAAAGCUAAGAACUGUGUGUUUUGUGUGCAUGUAUAGAAAUUUCAGUUCGGUUUUCAUUUCUUUCGCCACUUUAUCCACUGCUGUGCUUUUAGCAGUCGUAGGGAGGGAGUAGAUUAUAACCUACUGAAAUAAAUUCAUGUUUUUAAAUCCCGCUUCAUUGUAAAGAGUCUUGAUAUUGUUGCCCUUCUGUUCUCAAAGAAUUCUCGCUGAGUUGAUUGUGUUUAAACGUUCAUCUGAAAGGGGCUCGAUAAAUGCCAUUCUUAAGGGAUGUAUUUUUAAAAUACCGUAAUUAUUGUAUUUUGCAAUUAUAAACUGAUGUCCCAGCUGUCUGUUCAAUAAAUAUCUGAUGUUAAA